UUCAUCCAUCAACACAGCGGAAAGGACGGACCCUUCCCAAUUUAUAAUCAUUUCUCCUUUUGAGCGUUUGGGAGUAAUAAGAUAGCUUGCCAAGUGACGCCUGUCCCUCAACUCAGCGUCACGAGGCAAUGAUGCCGCCGGACAAGUCCCGACUCAAGCCCAGCACUUUCCUGCUGGCAGCCGUGCUGAUCGCUCUUGCCCGAACCACGGCAGGUUUCGUCAACAUGCAAAUUAAAUACGCCUGCGAAGGAGAGAUUCUCCGCCUGGACUGCGGAGAGAAGUUCAUCAAGGUGUGGAGCGCCCUGUACGGCCGUGCCAAUCCAACCAUCUGCCAGGAGGACCUGAUGGCACCCCUCCCCGCCCCCUGCAGGGCCGACAAGUCCAACUUCGAGACGAUCCGCCACUGUGACGGCAACCAUACCUGCGAGGUGCAGGCGGCUAAUUCCGUCUUCGGGGAGGCGUGCGACAGCAUCAAGAAAUAUCUGCAGGUGGAGUACUACUGCCGCAGCGAGACACCGUCGGAAUGCAAUCCAAGAGACUCUCCAACGUACAACACCAAGUAUGCGUGCGAUGGCACCGACUUGGUGCUGGAGUGCCCCAACCCAGGGGAAGUCAUCAAGAUCCUGGACGCCAACUACGGCCGGCAGGGCUCCGACGUCAACUGUACCUACCGGCCUGGCAUUGAUGACAUUUUCUGCGACGACGACACGGGGGAGUCCUUUGAGCACGUGUGCCUGGAAUGCCGCGGCAAGGACGAGUGUACGGUCCCUGUGGGCCCCCAAGAGUUCAAGGAUCGCUGUCUGAACACCAACAAAUACCUCUCGGUGCAGUACGUCUGCGUCUCGACAGAUGCUGAAGAAGAAGACGAAGAAGACGAGCGCGAUACGCCUCAGGGAAGCGAACUCCCUGAGGAAGAGCAGCCCCGACCUGAGAGACCAGGACCAAAUGGCAAUCCUGCUGUGGAGACGACCUCCGCCCCACGCCCACGUGGCCCCCAAAUUUUCAGCCUUCUGAAGCCCGGACAAGCUAUUUCUGCUUCUGGCAGCAUUGGAGUGUCUCAAGGAGAAUCAGGCAGUAAAUCGUUCAUUUGGAACGGUGGCCUCCCAGCCCCAAAGCCGGGUAAAAUUACAGCCCAGGGCAGCAUCAGCUCCACCAGGCCCGACGGUACAGAGAGGAGCUUCACUUGGGGAGGAGAGCCUUUCGAAGGAUUUGCCUCCCUCUUCAGGCCUGUUGGAGUUUCACCAGGUUCUACUCAGGUGAUCAUGAAGAUCAUCGUGAAAACAGACUCCAACGGACAGAAGUAUUUCACUUGGCAGCCACUGUCACCCGGAGAACCCUCUGGUGGUGCUGAGUAUUUGAUGAAGAUCGACUUGAGCAAGCUAACCCAGUACACAGAGCAGUUCACAUUUGCUCAACUGAUUGAAGACUUCAACAAGGGGCUCACGUUCUACAACAUGUACAACAAACCGUCGGACAUCACUCCGCCCUUCCAGUUCUCCAUCGGCAAGGGUCUCACCGCUUUCUUCCCGUCGAUAUACCAGCUGAUCACUGAGGUGGACGCCACCACAGGAAAGACCGUCACCGUUCCGUCCCCCUCCUCAUCAAGUUUCCAAGUUCUCCUGGAUGGCGGCAACCGGCAGAUUAUUGACUACCUCUUGACAUUUGCCAACAUGAACCAACAGCUCCGAUCUGAGCUGCAAGAUUACAACCUGAGAAUACCGCUGAGGUUCUACGACGAGACGACCAAACAGAUUCAAGACAUCAAAAUCCCUUUCUACGUCAGCUACAACGGUUUUGAGGGCACUCUGUCGUCUGUGUUCAAUGUGAUGCCGAAACCGUCAACUCAGUUCGGAAUGAAAUUCCAAAUCGUCGGGGAAGGCGGCAACACACAGCUCAUCACUCUGCCGUUCACCCUGAUCGAGUACCAGGGACGGAAGAUGCUGUUCCUGACCCUGCCGACCUGUGCUGCCUACAAGAUGUAUGGCUUUGUCGACGACAAGGAAUAUCUUAUCGACCCCGAUGGAGUCAAUAAAGGAGAACAGCCGUUUGUUGUGCAGUGUGAUAUGGACAAGGGUGAAACCAUUAUCAACCACAAUCGCAAGGAGUCGACUGUGGCGACAUACCCGGCCGGUGAGGACCGAGCGGACGUCGACAUCACGUACGACGGUGCCUCGCCAGCCCAGCUCGCCGCCCUGCGGACCGUCUCGGAGACAUGCGAGCAGGAGCUGUCACAUGAGUGCAUCCAAAAGUCGGUCCACUUUGUGGGCGGAGAUGCGCGGAUCUGGUGGGAGAGUCUGGACGGGACGAAGAGAGACAACUGGGGUGGGGUGGAUACCGGCGUCAGCAAGUGCCACUGCGGACUAACAAAUGCGUGCUUCAUCAAAGGAAGCGCCUGCAACUGCGACCACGGCCAAGGGACGAGCGAUUGGGGAGCCCUGACCGACAAAGACACCCUUCCUGUCCGUCGGGUCGUCUUUAAGAAACCUGCCGCCCAACAGGGGCAGGACAAACUCAAAGUUGGCCCUCUGAAGUGCAGCGGUGAUCUCAGUUCCAACACCCUGCAGUUUUUCAUCGUGUUAAUGCAAAUGCUAGCUCGUGAUCCCCGCGGCAAAAUUCUGAAGACAUGCGACGACUACAAGAAGAUUGGCUACGAGCUGGACGGCGUGUACCUGAUCGAUCCGGACGGGGGCGGAGGAGAGAAGCCAUUCACUGUCCAUUGUGACAUGCAAAGCCAGGAGUACGGUGUCACCCUCAUUCACCACGAGCUGAGUAACGAGCGGACCAUGGUCAACAACUUUGAGGAGCCCGGCAGCUACAGCAUGGACAUCCAUUACGGCGCCACCUUGAGGCAGAUAGAAAACCUGAAGGCGGUGUCAGGCGUCUGCGAGCAGUCGCUCACCUACGAGUGCCAGCGGUCGGCGUUUCGCGUCGGCGGCGUGCAGUACCACUGGUGGAUGUCGUUUGAUGACGAGAAGACAGACCCGACUUGCCUGGCUAACAACAACUGUGUCUGUGACAAAGACGACGGUGUCUUGCGGAAGGACGUGGACGUCUUGAAAGACAAGAGCAAACUGCCCGUCAUGCAGCUGCGCUACGGCGACACGGGAGGCAGUGACGAAUUAGGCUACUACACGCUGGGCCCCCUCAGAUGCUGGAAGGACUCGGGGAAAACCGUCGCCACCCGGAUGGAGCUCAGCUCGUGCGAUGCCAUCAAGAGGGCUGACCCCGCAGCGCGGAGCGGCAACUAUUACAUUAAGCCGUACGCAAACAUGGACCGAUUCUACGUCUAUUGUGACAUGUCCGGAACAGAGGGAGUGACUGUCGUCUACCCCGAUGCCGUUCGCACUCUGGACAUUGAUGGCUUUUACGAGGAGCCUGGCACCUGGGCUCGGGCCGUCCGCUACGGGCCGUCCCAGGCCCAGCUCCAGGCCCUGACGACUCUGGCCGCCUCCUGCAAGCAGUUCAUCAGUCACGGCUGCCACGGCUCACUGCACAACGACGACGUGACGGGGAAGGUCUACACCUGGUGGCAGUCGCGGCGGGGGGAGAAGAUGACCUACUGGGGAGACACCAAGGAAGGUUGCCAGUGCUUCGCCGAUAAAAGCUGUCAUGAUCCGAGCAAAAAGUGCAACUGCGACGUCAACGCGCAGAGUCUGAGCUCCGACGAGGGCUACCUGACAGACAAGAGUGCGCUCCCGGUCUCCGCCGUACGCUCGGGCGACGUCAGUGACAACAACGGCUGGGAAUACGGCACGGUCAAACUGGGGCCCUUGAUGUGCCAAGGAGAGCAAGCAUCGUCCGAGUCCCGUGAAAUUUCCACAGACCAAGAAUGCGAGUCAGUCACUACAGCAGAUGGAGAAAUCUAUCGUAAAAUCAACGAAGAGCAGACGUUUUCCAACUUUGAUUUCAGCGUGCAGACCGUGGGAACUGCAAUUCUGAAACUUGGGGUGUAUAGUGGGUCUGCCAGCGCUUACUACAAAAUUGAAAUCGAGUCCGGGAACCACGUGAACUUUUAUCGUUGCAACUACAAUGCGCAAAGGGAAGACUGCGGUACUCCACAGACGCAGUCCUUCACUAGUUCCCCGCCCGGUUCCUCCGUGCCCCGCAAUUUCACCCUCAACUUCGUCAGCCCCAAGCUGGAGCUGACCCUGGGCGGGGAGAGCCUGACGUUCACAGACGGAAGCCUGCGAGGCCUGAACGUCCGCUACUUUGCCCACAAAACGGUGGGCGGGGAUGGCAAGUGGAUCUUCGACAGCAUCUGCAUGGGGAACGUCAAAGUUUUUUGUAGCAGAAUUGGCAAAGUAACUUGUCCUGCUCCGAUGAAGCCGUACGUCCUGAAAGCCCUGUACGGACGGAUGGAGAAGGAUGUGUGCCCGAUGGCGAACGACCCCACAGACUAUCCGGACUGCCUGCUGGAUGUCACAAAGAAGUUGCAGAGGCUGAAGCACUCGUACUGCGUGAACGGCGACCACACCUGCCUCUACCCAGUCUAUGAUAGCUUCUACGCAUCAGCCCUGAGCAAGGCCUCCUGCCGGCCCAAGAACGGGUACCUCCAUCUGGUCUACGCCUGCCGGGCGCAGGCGCCGCAGGAGAGAGCCCUGGGCCCCUGCAGCUCGGACCCCUGCCAGAAUGGCGGAACUUGUGAUGACUCCUCGGAUGGGUUGUCAUAUGCUUGUCAGUGCCACGAGUCAUUUUCAGGCGAGCACUGCGAGACGGAAAUGGUCCUCUGCAGAGGGCUGGGUGACCCCCACUACAGGAACUUUGCCGGCCACACGUUUGACUUCCAGGGCAACUGCACCUAUGUCUUUGCCCGUGACUGCAAGGAGGACCCCGAUUUUGAGGUGCACGUGGUGAACCAGUCGCCGCUGUUCAACAUGGCGGUGUCCAGCACAGUGGAGGUCAUUCUGGUAUUUGAUGGACGGACGAUCCUCCUGAAGCAAGCCAGGGAGGUCCUCAUCGACGGAGAGAGGCAAGACUCUCUUGAGAGACUGGAGGAAGAUUUCACCCUGACUGAGCAAGGCUUGAAAGUGGUGGUGCAUGUACCAAAAUACAGCCUGACAGUCAUCUGGAACCACAAGGACAUCGUCGACGUGAGACUACCUAGGAACAGCGGCGGAGACGUGUGCGGACUGUGCGGAAACACCCGCGUGUUUCAGCCCAUGGGUAGCUACCAGAUGAAGUCAGGAACGGUUGUCCAGGACCCGGUCGUUUUCGGCAACAGCUGGCAAGUGGACGUGGGCACGUGCGAGGCCAACACGCACCCCAACAACUGGGCCCAGCUCGGCCACUCCCUCAGCAGCAGCCAGCUGAUAAUCGCCCAACGAUUCUGCAAGUUCAUCUCGCAAGCUUUGGUUUCUGGGUGCCCAAUCACGGCAGCCACUGCCGACUUCAGGAGGCAGUCCUGUGAGCUUGACCACGGCAGCGGUCUGCGGGACAAGGCCUGCAGCAUCAUCAACGACUUCCGAGACGAGUGCACAGGAGAAGGCGGAACGGUUUCCGAGAGUACUAACACUCAGUGUAGCACUGAGUGCGCAAGCCACCUGAAUCACACGCAGUGCGUCAUGCCAUGCAGCACGUGCUCCUCGCUGCGCCUCUCGCCGGGGAGCUGCCAGGGAGCCUGUGCGGCCGGCUGCACCUGCCCGGACGGGAAGUUGGACGACGGCGACUCGUGCGUGGAUGAGGACAACUGCGGCUGUGAGCACGAAGGGAGGUACUACAAGCUGGGGUCAACUUUCAUGGACAUUACCUGCACCGAAGAGUGUACCUGCCAGGGAGGGAACGUGGUCCAGUGCGGCCCACCGUCCAACAGACUCUGUCCCGUGUACCAGACGGAGUUUCUCACCACCUGCACGCUCCACGACGGCGUCUACGAAUGCACGUGCAUCUCAGGCUAUGCGCCAAAUGCAGAUGGAACGGCGUGUCAAGCGAUGCCCAUGGACGUUAUAGUUCGCCCCCCAGGCCGUCGUCGCCGAAGGGACGUCAGUUUGGAUGAAUGCAACGUGGAUCUGGGCAUGGCCUCCGGACGCAUCGCCGACAACCAGAUCUCCUCCUCCUCCAGCAAGGACGCGUCCAGUCUGGCCAAGCACGCCAGACCCACGCUGGGCGGCUGGACGGCACAGCGCAGCGACACUGACCAGUGGCUGAUGGUGGACGUUGCGGUACCCACCGAGAUAACUGGCGUGACGACGCUGGGCAGUCGUCAGAAGGUCCACGGCAGGUACAAGCAAGCAUGGGUGAGCGCUUACGGAGUGGACGUCAGACUGGACAGCAUGGAUCCCUGGACGGCAAUGCGUGAUACAAAAGGCAGUGAGCAGUUUUACGGAAAUAGGGACACGAACACCCCGGUGACAAACAUGUUUGCCGAGCCCAUGCGGGCGCGUUACGUACGCAUCAAGCCCAUCUCGUUUUACGGCGAAAUCACCAUGCGCCUGGAGGUGAAAGGCUGCAAACAGCUAUGUGAUGCAGAGAUCGGUUCUUUCCCGGUCAAGCGCCACGUUACAUCGGACAACUGGUUUGUCGUCAACGCUGGCGACCCCAUCAACUGCAUGGGCCACGUCGUGGCCUGGAAAGUCAUCCACGCCCGCGAGGAACCACUGGAGGCAUGGGUCCUGCGACCCCUGAAGUCGGAGCCGAAUGGUUUCACGCUCAUAGGGAGCACCCACAUCCCGGCCGGCCCCGUCGACAAAGAGAUGGAGUACGAGCUGAACGACCAGCAGCAGAUACCCGUGCACACCGGCGACGUGAUCGGUUUCCUGUACGAGCGCAACCCGCUCUACUCCAGCGAGGACGGGGAAGAGACGACGGACUACGAGUGGCUGCACAUCCGCGACAUCUCCAACUAUGAGACCAUGAAGCCGGGGUUGUCGCUGCGCUUCAACGGCGGGCAGGGCAAACGGGCCUUCUCCGCUGUCGCAGUUCUGCAGUCUUCCAAUGGAGUUCCUGUACCGCCAGCCCAAUGCAUGGGUGAAAUGGGACUCAGUAUGGACAAGAUGUCAAUUCCUGAUGAGUCGUUCUCGGCAAGCAGUCAUGUGAAGGGCCACACCCCAGCCCGGGGCCGCCUGAAUACGCUGUACAGCCAGACGGGCAUGCGGAGCGGCUGGACUCCACGACGGAGGGACAGGAGACCAUACCUGCAGGUUGAUCUUGGGGAGCAGCGGCACCUGUCCGGGAUCAUCACUCAGGGCAGGCACUCGAAGCAUGACUGGAGGAGCGUGGUGCAGCAGUACUUGGGACAGAAGUGGGGCCGGCGCAGGAGACGACCCUUCCGAAGGCAAGCUUGGCUCAUCGCCUAUUUCGUCAAGCACAGCUUGGACUGUGAGCACUGGGACUUUGUGAGGAUGCCCAACGGGCAACGUCAGCUGUUUGAGGGCAACGUGAACCCCAGCACCCCGAGGACCAACUACCUGGAUCGGCCGGUGACGGCGAGGUGCAUCCGCAUCCAACCCAAGAGGCAGCGGGGCUUGAAGAUCGGGCUGAGGCUGGAGCUCCUCGGCUGCUCAAUUGACCCGUGCACCAGCAGCCCCUGUGAGCAGGGAGGCACUUGUAAGCAGACGUCAGGCUUGGAUGCAGACGGGUUUGUCUGCCAGUGUCCGCCGGGGUGGACGGGAAGCAGAUGCGAGAUCGUGGAGGGCUCGUGUCGCAGUGCGGGAGACUCCCACUACCACACGUUUGACGGCCGGCAUUUCUACUUCCCUGGCGAGUGCACAUACACCCUGGCCAAAGACUGCGCAAACGGGGAGACGCCGACGUUUGACAUCCUCACCAACAAUGCUGCUGCCGGCCGCGAGAUUUACAUCUUCACCAACAACAUAAUGUUUGAGUUCAAACAAGAAGGCGUUGUACAUGUGGACGGAGAAGCUUGCGAGUUACCCGUCAAACGCAAUGGCGUGUCAGUUGUCCACAACGCCUACACCGGGGUGUUGCUGCAAACAACGUAUGGUUUCACUGUGGAAUGGGAUGGCCACCAUCGGGUCAUUGUCAACCUGCCGGAGUCAUACGCCAAUGCCGUUUGCGGACUGUGCGGCAAUUUCAACAGCGACAAGGAAGACGACAUCCCCCAAGAUGUGUCCGAGAUGCAGUAUGGAGAGACUUUUGCCGUGGAUCCCGAGAACUGCGAGGUCUGCCAAAAAUGCCUGUUGGAUAAACCGUACAUCCUCAAUCCCGGCAAACAGGCCGAGGCUAAUGAGCUAUGCAACCCAAUCAAGGACCCACUUGGUCCGUUUGCGCGUUGCCACGGCGUGGUCAGCCCGGACGAGAUUUAUGACGACUGCCUGCAGGACGUCAGCGACUCGGACUCGCUGAGCAGUGUCCCCCGCUGUACCCAGUUUGCCGAGUACGCCGACGUGUGUGCCGAAAACGGUGUGGUCAUUACGUCAUGGAGGGAGAAGGGGCUGUGCGGGAUCACGUGCCCUGCUGGCAUGAUCUACACACACUGUGGUAGUGCGUGCCCGGCCACCUGCGGUGACCCCCACGCCCCCAAGACCUGCACCAGGCCGUGCGAGGAGACCUGCCAGUGUCCUGAGGGGUUACUGAAGGAGGGCGACAAGCUGUGCGUGGUGCCCUCGGAGUGUGGGUGCACGGAUAACGGCUGCUACUUUGAGCGGGGAACCACUUUUUAUCGCACUGGAUGCACGGAGAGAGGCAUGUGUGGAUUGAACGGAGAGGUGACGUAUCUGCCGGGCCAGUGCGGACAGAACGCAACCUGCGGAUCAAAGGAUGGCGUGUACGGUUGCUUCUGCAGUGACGGCUUUUCUGGUGAUGGGCAACAGUGCACCAAUAUCCAAGAUGAUAAGGCUCUGCUCACCUGCGAGAGUGAGGUCUUGAGAAUCGAUUGCGGCCCCGGCAAGUAUAUCGACAUUGUGGAGGCGGUGUACGGCCGUAAUGAGGACUUUGAGAAGUGCCCCACCCAGGCGCAGCCCAAGGGGGAGUGUUCGGCGCCGUCGGCGAUGAGCGCCCUCGUGGCCAAGUGCCAAGGGCGGGAGGACUGCAGCGUGGACGUCACGUCGGAGGUGUUUGGAGACCCGUGCUAUGGCGUCAGCAAAUAUCUAGAGGUGGACCUCCAGUGUACUGCUACCCCAAAGCCCAAGAGUGUGUCGGAGGAGAUCAUGAAGAGGGUGUGUCAAGGAGACAGCAUGGAGAUUGACUGUGGAGACUUGUACAUAGAGGUUGUGGAUGCAGUGUACGGCCGGUUGACCGACGGUCAGGUCUGCCCAGGCGGCCACGUCGAGAGUGUGGACUGCACGGCUCAGACCUCCCUGAAGGUCGUCCAGGAGCUGUGCCACGGCGAGCACAGGUGCACCGGCCUCCAGGCGGCCAACCACGUGUUCGGUAGCAACCCCUGCGGCAGGACGUUCAAAUACUUGGAGGUGAAGUACAAGUGCAGCUCUUCAGCUGUACCAAAAGCCGACCUCCCCGCUAAUGCCUGUGCCAAGAACCCCUGUCAGCACGGUGGGCAGUGUGUGACGGUUGAGACGUCCCGGGGCUACAAGUGCAGCUGCCCUCAUGACUGGACGGGGCCAAACUGCGAAUUUGAGGAAGUGAGCUGCCGCGCCUCAGGAGUUUCCCACAUCGUGGACUUCAGUGAGCAACACUUUGAGUUUUUAGGCGACUCCAAGUAUGACUUUGCCUCGAGUUGCCCUGAGAACAAGUAUGACUUCAGCGUCAUGAUCAAGAAGGCCCGGGUACCGACCGAAAACAGCGUCUCUGCCAUCGAAGCUGUGCAUGUUCAUUAUGAUGGCAAGAUUAUUGAGCUCAAGCAAGAAUAUGUGGUCCUUUUGGACGGCAAGAAAGUGUCUGACACGCUGAACCUCAACUUUGGGAAAAUCAAGCUCUGUCGAGUCGGCAACUACUUGCUUUUGAAAACGGACUUUGAGAUGAUCGUGGCCUGGGACGGCCUUCACCGCGUCCAGGUGAGGAUGCCGGACAGCGUCGCCAAACAGACGUGCGGUUUGUGCGGCACCUACCGCGGACUCAGCACAGAGAGCCCUGGCUUCAUAGACAGAGACGGCAACAAGGUCGACGACAUGAAUGCCUUCGGGUCCAGCUGGCGUGUCGCCUCUGAUGCUCCGUCCUUUGUCCACACCAAUCUCAUCAACCUGCACCCGUGCGUCGUGUGGCCGAGGCGGGCGUACGCGGCCGCUGGGCUGUGCUCGGAACUCAAGAAUGUUCGAGGUGUGUUCAGGAGCUGCUUUGGCAAAGUGAACCCGGAGGAGUACUACCGGAAGUGCAUGUACGACAUGUGCGCGACACUCCCGAGCCAGGAAUUCCUGUGCCAGGCCUUGGCCGAGUACGCCGACAUCUGCUUGGACGAAGGCAUCGUCAUUGACAACUGGAGGGCCAGUUACAGAGGAGGGCAGUGUGCAAUGGCCUGUCCCAACGGGCAGAUGUACAGCGCUUGCGUCCAGUCCUGCCCCAAGUCCUGUGGUGAUCCGUAUGCCGAAAGAGAACCCAUGGACAGGUGCUAUGAGGGGUGUGCAUGUCGAGACAAUGGCCACUUCCAGGACGCAGACCAGUGCCUGACGUCGGCUAACUGUGGCUGCAGACGAUUGGGCGUUUAUCACCAGCCCGAGGAGAGGGUCGUCAACGAACACUGCACCGGUCAAUUCAUCUGCCUGCCGGGGGGCGAAUGGAGCGAGAAUCCACUGACUUGUGACGUCAACGCCCACUGCGGGGUGGUGGACUACAAGCAGACCUGCCUUUGCAACGACAAGUACGCCGGAAGCGGGAAGCAGUGCUUCGAUGCUCAGAAUGUCGUCAUGAAGGUCGUCUCCCAAGGUGAAAGUCUGCACAUUGACUGCGGAGACCUCUUUGUCGAUCUGCUGUCGGCUGACUACAGCUUCUCCGAUCCCAGCAGCGCUGGCGCGACCACGGAUCCCGACUGCCACGCCCCCAACGUGAUGGGCAUCCUCUCCAACCACAUCUCCCAGGGCGGCCGGGUGCUGGAGGUCAAGGCGUCCGCCUACCACCUGGGCGAGACGUGCCGGCAGACGGACAACGUCCUGACGGUGGGCUACAUCUGCUCGGCGCAGCCCGCCCUCCGGGAGGAGGGACUGGGCCACGUGGUGAGCAUGCGGGGAUGCCAGGACAGGGAGAUCGCUCUCAAGUGCCGUAAGGGCUCUCGCAUUAGGAUCCUGAAGGCAGAGUACGGCCGGCAGACUGGAAGCGAGGUGUGCCAGAGCGCUUACAACAAAUACAUCCUAACCACGAGCUGCCGAGCUCCCGCAAAACGUCUCGAGAAAAGGGUGCGAAGGCGUUGUGAGAACCGCGAAGAGUGUCGCAUACAGAUCAAGAAACGUAAACUGAGAGUGAAUCCCUGCAAAGAGACACCCAAGUACCUUGACAUCACCUACAAGUGCGAGGCCUUUGAGCCUAACUAGGAGGGGAUGAAGAAACUCGAGAUUGGCAGCGCAAAAGCACUUGGAAAUAGAAAGCACUUCUUCAGAAAUGUAAAUUCAACUCAUCUGUCGGGAAAUGGAAAAACGUCAGUGCCGCCAUUCCACACCAGUAGCUUCAGAAAUUAAGGCACCUUUACAGUAAUGGGCACUGUGAUGCUUUGAGGGAAGACAGAGCAAAAUAAUUCUGAAUGAGAUUCCUCCGCUGCAAAGAAUUCAUAAAUGGGAAACUUACAAGAAGUAUUUGAUUGGCCUUGUGCACAAAGAACGCAUAUCGCUUUUGCUUUAGGGUUGAAGAGGGGCAUUCGAAGGUGUUGAUUGUCUUCAACAAUUUUGAAAAACAGCACCACAUAGACAAGUGUUUUUUUGAUGGGCUUUAAGAGGAACCAAAUGAUUACUUCAGUAGUGUUUAACUUUUAUUUCAGUGAUGUUUAAAUCACAGGAAUUGUAGAAAUGUAUUGUGGUCAAUGUUUUGGGGGGAAAGUUUAUGGCACUGAUGCACAAGAGGGUUGGGUUAACAUAUUUUUCAAUGCCAAGUUUGAAUCUGAGAUCCUUGGAGAUCAGUAUCGUGCACCAGUAAAGGUACUGGGUAAAAGGAAAGUGUUGAUGACGUGGCUGAUUGACAGUUAGGUUCAGCUGGAGACGAGUUAAUCAUAAAGAGGGACUUUUUGUGGAGGUCUGAUCCGGAUUCGAUUUGAGCUAUAUUUCAGGGAGCCCAGCUUUUGAGACUAUUCCAUAGAAUUUUGAUUUCCAGAUGUUUCUGAGGCUCAUCCUGUGAUUUUAUUUUGAAUGAUAUCCUUGGAAUCAUACUCUUGUGGAUAAACCAAGGAAGCUGAGAUGGUGUAUUAAUGCUGAGAUUGAAGCAAAUAGUUUGGAGCCCAGGGUACCAUUCAGGAUCUUCCAUUAUCCAACUUAUUCAGACCCGCGGUACCAUACCCUAUAGGAAUACUAAGAUAUGAAGUAGUAGAGAUUAUUUUGUUUCAACAUGGGUGACAGGUUUUUGUUGUGGUGUCAGAUGGAUAAAUAAUGACUGAUCAUGUUUGUUAAGAUGACAUACUUUAAGAUCGUCCUUUUUAUCAGAAUAAGGUGUACGGUUCCAUGAUAUGCUGUUUUGCCAUUGCUUCUUGGAAUAUAUAAUGUUGAAAGUUGACUAGUUGGGUGUACUUUGGUUUCACAGUUAAUUGCUUUAACUAGUACAACUUACUGAGCUUGUUUAAAAAAUCAAAGGCUGAAGUAAAAGAAAGCAGAUUAUUUGUUCCCAUAUUUUCAUUUUGCUGAAAAUAUCCAGUUCACCCUAAACGCGAAUUAGAUUUAAUAGGGAAUAUUAUUUAUUCCCUGAUAAAAUGAACAUUGUUUUAUUUUUAUUUAUAAGUCAUGGGGUAUUGAGAGAUGAAAAUUAUUAAAACCUUAAAAGUCAGUGAAGGGUGUUGUGGUUUCCAAAGGAAAACAGAAAUAUGAUUAAAAUAUGGAGGUUUUUGGUGGCGUUUCUACAUUGUG